AUGGAAGCUCCUAAGGGUUCUUCCGAGGGUGAAGAUCUCCCCAGCGAUUUCUUCGAUGAUUUUAAUAAAGACGAAUUUGUAGAUGGUCUUAGUGUUAUCGAUAGUUGGGAUCAAAGUGAAAACAAACAAGGACAGUCGCGAUCUAGAAUUAACGCAGAGGCAAUAGACAGCGUUCAAGAUCUUCGCGAGCUUAUUGGAGAUAAACAAGAGGAUAAGAAACAUGACAAGUAUGAAGACGAAGUAGAUCAUUACAGAACUAGAGAUCGCUCCAUCAGCAGCCAUCGGAUGGACGGGUACAUAAAGCCCGGUAGUCGCCGAGAUCCAUCUAAAACUAACGAAGCCAUCAAGAAAGACAAGGCGGUUAAAGUAAAAGAGUACUUAGCGAAACAUUUAGAAUCCAAUGAUGUUAUACGUCCUCCUGGGACAGAACUGGACGAAUUUUAUGGAGAACAUGUGCAUGAAGAUGCAAGACGGUCUAGAUAUAGGAAACGACCAUCAUCUAUGAGAGGGUUUAUGGAAUCGCCACCAAGGGAACCAAGGGAGCGCAGAAUAUCACCCGGAUAUAGAUUCCGUUGGGAGUCGCCUUCAAAACGUCACCGCAUGUCCCCGCAGCGGUUUCGACGCCCACACUGGAGUCCUCGACGACACCAUUACAAUGACAUGCAUCACAGCCCACAUUGGAGCCCACAUAAAUCUUAUCACCACCCUCGCGGCAGCAACAAAAGAUUUCAUAAAUACAGCCCUCACCGACACAUUCCUGAAUUCACAAGAGAACGUCAUUCAAGAUCACCUUAUCAUCGACCUCAGCGAAGAUCCCGAUCUCCGAGAUCGGUCCGAGAAUACCACCAGCCCCGAUCGGGAUCAUUCAACAGGUCUGAAAAGGAGUAUCGCAGAUCAGUUUCUAAAACAUCCUCUUACAAGGCUGCCAAAGAUGAUUUUCAUUAUCAAAAUGAUCCCUAUCCAACCAAAGGUGAAAUGAUUUAUCAAGGCGAACCAUUUCCUGAGUACCCGAGAGCAGAACCAGAAUAUUCUGGAAAUGUUCAAAGCUACCAUCAAGCUAACCCUUAUCCACAGGCUGCGGAUUUCAGUGGGUAUGUUCCAUAUGAAUAUGGAUCUGCUCCGGCAAUGCCACAGCCUGUUCCCGCUCCCAAUCUAUCUAUGUUACAAGGAGAACAACCUCUUCCCUCCAAUGCAAUGGUUCCGGCCCUGGUAAAAAACAUUUCACCUGGUUCCAAAAUGCCAUCCACUUCCCAAUUAUUAGAUGCUGGAAAUCAACCCAAGGACGCUUUAGCCCAACUGGUUGCAGAUGGAAAAUUAUCUCAUGAAGACUAUUUGAAACUCGCUCCAAUUAAAGUACUUCAUCGUUGCUACAGUGCGAUAUCCAAAUUAGAUUCAAUGGUACUACCAAACCAACUUAUAAUCAACAAUGAACUAUUCGGACAAGAAAUCAAACAAAUCGCUCCCAAAUUCUGUUCACCAUUGAAGAGGCAAGCUCCUCCCGAGUUUCAAUUUUCCAAGAUCAAUCCGUCAGCGACAUUACAGCAGAAUAAAAAGAUUGUGGACACCAUCGUAUCAACAUUGUCCCUUGAGAAGAUUGUUGGAAUAACGAAGAAGAAACUAAGGAAGGACUUCAAAGACGUGGCUGUGCAGACGAGUAAACCGUUUUGUGAUAUGUGUGUUAUACGUGAAUCAACGAAGUUCUGCAAUGUCGGUACUAGUAUAGAUCGCGAACAAAUAACGAAUACGGUUCAUACACAAGUUGUGGAUCAAGAUUUGGUUAGUUCGAAAUCUGUUUUCAAUCCAAGUGGCGGUGUGACGGACGGUGCGACGUUUUCCAUAGCGCAUAUGACCCCAGCACAAUUGGUGUCCCAGCUAGCAGCUCGUGCGAAGACCUUGAAACAAGCGGAACCUCAAAACUCGAACCAAUAUCGAAGAAACUACGAUCAAGACAGUAGGGGACAAUAUGGAAGCAGCUACAAUUAUCGUUAUUGA